AUGCAGAUUAGAUCUGCAAAGGCACCGAAACCACCAGGAACAGAGAAGGCAGCCAGCGAAAUAGGGCUCGAAAACGUGUGUGUUCAGCACUUUAGAUGGAAAGGCCACUCUAGAGAUCAGAAAUAUUGUUCUGACUCCAUCAGUCACAGAAGGUGCCCACACCCAACACCCACAUCCACACCUGCAUCCCCAACCCCAUCCAAAUCCACACCCAAAUCCACACCUGCAUCCCCAACCCCAUCCACAUCCACACCCACAUCCACACCCAAAUCCACAUCCCCAUCCACACCCACACCCACAUCAACAUCCACAUCAACACCCACAUCAACAUCCACACCCACAUCAACAUCCACACCCACAUCAACAUCCACAUCAACAUCCACACCCACAUCCACAUCAACACCCAAAUCCACAUCCCCAUCCACAUCCACAUCCACACCCACAUCAACAUCCACAUCAACAUCCACAUCCACAUCCACACCCACACCCACAUCAACAUCCACACCCACACCCACAUCAACAUCCACACCCAAAUCCACAUCCACACCCACAUCAACAUCCCCAUCCACAUCCACACCCACAUCCCCAUCCACAUCCACACCCACAUCCCCAUCCACAUCCACACCCACACCCACAUCCACACCCACACCCACAUCCACAUCAACAUCCACACCCACAUCAACAUCCACACCCAAAUCCACAUCCACAUCCCCACCCACACCCACAUCCCCAUCCCCCUGCUGA